AAAAUAGCCCAUAAUAUAAACAGAACUUCUGAUCCAAAGAAACCCGACUAAGUGAGGACAAUAGCACUUUGACCCGCUUUGGUUUGUUAAAUCUAUCAAUGGCGGUUGAGACCUAAAAACAACAAUCCUAAUCAGCGAGCUCCUGGUUAGCCUUCCUAUUGGCCAGCUGGGCUGUCAAUCAACGCCCGCUCGGCUGGUUCGUUCAAGUGAAGGAUUUACGCUUAGUGACUAAUCUUGGUUCAUGCUUACAGUCUCACCGGAUUUGUGCUGCAGCCCAGACGCAGACGCAGAGAAAGUACCAGUUAGACUAUUAUUUCACUUAUCAGGGGAAAUUUGCUCUCAUCUCUGCCAACAGCAUCAGGUAAAUAAGCGCCUAUAGAUGGAGUUUUUGUCGCUGUCGUGACUGUUGUUCGCCGCCUCUCACUCUGCGGAAGAUUCUGCCGCAGCAUCCAAAACACGGCAGCUCUCUCCUGCGCAAACAUGGGCACCGUCCUCUCUAUAUCUCCUUCAUCAAAGAAGGCGUCUAUAAUAGACACAGAGGCUACAGGAGACGGAUUAAAAAAUGACAAGAGCCUCAAACGCCACUCAAUGUUCGUGUCCCUCUCGUGGAAGAAGCUGGUGGCCAAUUCGGCCAAGAAGAGCGCGAAGAAAGUGACCCCGAACCCGCUGCCAUCCAGCCAAGUGGCUCACCUCAACAGCGAGAACGUCAGGAAGACGCACCAAACCGAGGAAAGGAAGCCAAAAGCGCCCAUCCCAGUCCCGGUACCCACGGUACCCACGCAGAACAGCGACAGCGUGGUCCAAAAUGGGAGGCUGUCCACGGUUCAGAAGCAACCCAGCAACUUCUCUCUGCUGUCACCCCGGCGGAUUGUUAUCCAGGCGUCAACCGGGGAGCUGCUUCGCUGUUUGGGGGACUUCUUGUGCCGCCGGUGUUACAAACUGAAAGAGUUAAACGGCGGGGAUAUUGUCCUCUGGUUUCGAAACAUUGAUCGGACUCUUUUGAUCCAGGGCUGGCAGGACAUUGGCUUCAUCACGCCGGCCAACGUGGUGUUUGUGUACCUGCUGUGCCAGGAGGCGAUCACGGAGAGCGUAAGCAGCGCGGCCGAUCUGCAGGGCACCUUCCAGACGUGCCUAUACCUGGCAUACUCCUACAUGGGCAACGAGAUCUCCUACCCGCUCAAGCCAUUCAUCAUAGAGUCAAACAAGGACGUUUUCUGGGAGACGUCUCUCCGGAUCAUCGACCGGCUGAGCAGCAAGAUGCUCCAGCUGAACGCGGACCCGCACUUUUUCACCGAGGUUUUCCAGGACCUGAAAAACCAGCGCGAUUCCAGCGAGUCCAGCUUGGAUCGCUGACCUGGGUUAUAACGGAAGGCUGAAAGUGUCAGAAUUUAAUACAUAGAUAUAAUGAAGCACAAAGCUGCAACUUCUGCAAAAGCAAAAUAGAGCCAUUAGAUGAAAAGUUUAUAUUUCUGACUAGGGCCGGAUUUAAGAAAUUUUGGGCCAUUGGGCUAGAAGCCAUUUUGGUCCCCUAACUGCACAAAGUUUGUUUAAGCCAGAUUUCAAGGGUUUAAAGACUUCUCAAAAAAUGUUUUGUAUUUGUAUUUUCAGAAACCUUUCUCAGAGAUAAAUUCUACAAUUGUUUUCACCCAUACAGAAAAUUGACCAAAAUUUUGGAGUAACUAUGGAAGGACUGUGUGUAACUUAGUAACAAAAAUACACUCACACACAAAAAGAGGAGAGUGGAGCAUGCGCUGAACUUCUUUUUAAAGUUAUGUCUUUGUUAUCAACACAAAUCUUGAAAAAAUUGAAAACUCACUGUCAUAUGGGUUAUAAAUGUGUUAUUAUUGUUGUUUUAUAAAUACACAUUUAUAAAACAAACUAACCCAAAGGUUAACUAAUCCUUAACCUACCCAACAUCAGGAUUAAGUAAGCUCUUUCCUUAGUCCAAUUUAUUGGUCUUUCCAAACUCUUACAAUAUAUCACGUUUUUACAAAUUAUCACAGUGAUUCCAGUUAUCAUGGUUUUAUAUUUUACAAAUAUGAAUGAAAUUCUAAAAAGAAAUAAUAUUAUUUAACUCUCUUCAAGAAUGCAAAGAAAUAUUGUUAGAAAAAUAAACUUUUCCUGCUUUGUUCCUUUUGCCAGCUCUGUGCUUCUGCAAAUAUACGAUUUCUUAAAUAAGAUUGGGAAAACAGACAUUAAAUAAGUAUAUUAAUAUUGACUUAAAUAUUCAAAUAAUUUUUCAAGUCAGGGUAUAAUCAAAUUACUAAAUCCAGAAAAAAUAUUUCCAAAUUUUAUAAGAUUAAAUAAAAAAUUCAUAUGACUAUUUAGGUAUUUAUUUAUUCAUUUAAUUUGUGUGUUGCAGCACAUCCUGUUUAAAUUAUUUUACAAUGAACUGUGGUAGAGGAAAUACAAAUUCAAGUCUUCAUUAAUGGUUAACACAUGUAAUGACUUACAUAUUUAAUUAUUGGUGCAUUUUUAAAACAAAUUCUAAUAUUUUGCUCAUUUGAUGUAUUUUCGAAGUUUUAUUUAACCAAUCGCAUGUCUGAAUAUUUAUUUGUCUGAUUUUGGUACUUUUGACUCUUGAAAGGGGAAUGAGCAGCACACCGGCUUAUCUUUAAAGAUGAAUGUAAAAAAAAAAAAAACUGCAAAAUUUUAGGUGCAUUGCUGAAGGCUCCUCAUGUCUGGGCUCAUGAUAUUACACAACAUCAAUAUGGUCUUUAGGUUCUACUGUAAGAAGUUUUAAACAUGCAUGCUGAUUGUAUGUUGUCCUCUUAUUUUGUCUUGCCCUAGAAAUUGACUUUGUUGUACAACACCUUCCAUUCUAAAAGACUCUAACAUCCCCAUUUUGUACAAGAUUAGCCUAGGAAGUGAAUGGAUGUCGUGCAGUCUGUGUCCAAACCUGAGCCAGAAUAGAUCUGAGUCAAGUCAGGGCGCUGAGCUGUCCAAGGUGCUGACCUGUUCAGCCAUUUCUGUUUGUUUCCUUUUUUUUCCCAACUGAGCCAAGCAUGGCUUAUGAGUGCCACAAUCAGCCCAGUACACAUUCGGCACAUAAGCCUAAGCCUUGCAAGUAAGUAAGUACAGGUAGACUAUUGUGCUUUUUUAGCAUCUCAGUCAGCUGAUAGAUAAGCUGUUGAACAUGGAACAGAUACAAGAUGUAUCUGAAAGGGCAAAUCACAUUGAACAGUGAUUGUAAAUAUUACUCUUUAAGCAUUGGCAGUUCCAACUAGGCAUGGGCUGGUGUGUGGUUUGUAUGUUAUGAUAACCCUAAGAAAAAUGACCACUGGCAAAUGUCGUUUACACAGACAAUUCAAACAAAUUCUAUAUAAUAAUCAGGGUUUUUUUUUAUUUUUAAUUAAAACAGAAAAAACAGCAGUUUUUCUCACUACUGCUAAUCUGUGAGAUUACUACUCACAGCUUACUACUUGUAAAUUAAGUGUAGUUUACAAAUAGUUAUAAGAGUUAUAAGAUUUUUAUAGUAACUGAUUUCUGUUAUGUUGAUUUUGACAAAGAGAGCAGGGUUAAUGUCUUGAAGCGCACAAAAUAAUAUAUCAAUUUGCUGUUCUCUUUAGAGAGGAACUGAGUAUAACUAUCUGCUGAGACAGAAUUAUUUGUUUAAUAGACAUGCUGCUGUGGCUUCACAACUGUAUUUUUAAAUUGCAGUUAAUUUAAUAAGAAUGUUUCUGCAUUUAAAACCAGCACUGAGCAUCAACAGGAGGCAGGAGGUACUGCACUGUGUUGUCCUCAACACAACUGGAGGAAACUGGUCACAUUGUCGCUUUUUUUGAUAUCUCAUUAAAAGUAUGGUUUUGAAACUGCAACUUUUCAAGCCAAUAUGUACCACUAACCAGCCCAUGCCUGAUGUUAUCAAAUGCUUUUCAUGUAGAAAUUUUGUCCUAAUGUUAAAAACCUAAUCUGCUGGAAAAAUAUGUUUUUUGUAUACUAUUUUAAUAUCUGUUGGUAUAAGGUUCUCAGAUUCUGUUGUGAAAGAGAAAUUGCCAGAUAUGUUGCAACAAGAUGUCAUUUUGCAUUUCCAACUGCACUCUCUUAUAUUGUAACUGGACUACAAAAAAGGUGUUGACUUAAGCUGAAUAGCAGACGUACUGCUAUUGUUUUAACUGAAGACUGAAUGGAAUGUAGUUUUUCUAAAAAUUCUUUUUUUUUUUUUAUCCUCUUUGUGCCAAGUGGAAAAUGGCCUGAAUCUUUCUGGUUUACAUGUAAAUAUCCCAUCUUUCCAACAUGUUUUUUGUUGCUAGUUUUGGUUGAGGGUAGUUUGAGCAUCACAGAAACAAACACUGGCUUAUAGACAAAUGUUAGUUAUAAUCUGUUCUGAAAAUAUGCUCUGAGCCUCAGUUUGCUGGCUUAAGAUUAGUUUAUUCAGGAUUCCUUAAAGUACAAUUCUUUAAUGUGAGAGAAAUGUAGUAAAUAUAAGAAUAACUCUCAUUUGCACAUGUGUUAUUGCAGUAUUUAUAAGCUAACAUAAUCCAACUUGGAGUCCGAAACCAAACAUAAACCUAUCUACGGUUAAUCUGAAAGACUAUUGUCCUACUUUGUGAAUCACUUGCUUGAAGAGUAAAUAACAAUGCUGCUAUUUUGCACAGCUGUGGACAAAUAUCAUGUCUUUGCACAGCGAUGUACCGGUGUUUCCUCCAAGGCACUGGAAUGCUUUGCCAUUAAGUUUGCAUUCAGUGGCACCAGCUCUCGCUUUUAGAAUGAUCUGCUGUGAAAUAAAUCUUUUGUACGGUUCAUCUUUUUCCCUAAAUGUCAUGUGGAAAUUGAUAUUUAGGUGUGUGUUGUCUAUGGUGUUACUUCAUGUACGCAUUCACUCUUUGUGUGUGUUGAUAAAAGGUCAUGACAGUACUUGUUUGAGGUGACCGUAGAGAAAUAAAUCCAAAUUUAUGUAGGA